AUGACCACAGCCAUGAACCAAACGAACAAUAUUCCGGUCGUGGACUUUGCCCGGUGGAACUCCGACGGACCUAGUCGUCUGCGUGUUGCCCGGGAUAUUGUUGAUGCUUGUCAGAAGGUGGGGUUUGUCUAUAUCAUCAACCAUUCGCUGCCCGAGUCUCUUCUGGACGAGGCCUUCCACUGGUCCCAGCUCUUCUUCGACUUACCUCAGGAGGAAAAGCUAAAAGCUCCUCACCCAGAGGGAUGGGCAAUCCAUCGUGGUUAUUCUUGGCCGGGUCUAGAGAAAGUAUCAGGGCUAGAGGCGACGAGUGCAGAUGACGACCAAGAGCGGGCGAAAGGGUUGCGGGAAGUUCCCGAUAUCAAGGAAAGCUACGACAUCGGCAGCGAGAACAAUCCCACGCAACCAAAUCAAUGGAUCCCCGAAGAAAGUCUUCCAGAGUUCCGCUCCUUCAUGAGUCAUUUCUAUAGGGAAUGCUUCCGCAUGGGUGGAGAAAUCUUGCAGGCUCUAGCUAUUGGUCUCGACCUCGACGAGAACCACCUGCUUAACAAGCAUUCAGGCCUUAACAACCAGCUUCGUCUGCUUCACUACCCGCCUGUGCCAGCCGCAGCACUAGAGGAUGACCGUGCUGCUCGCUGUCCGGCACAUACAGACUGGAGCUCGAUCACUAUGCUCUUCCAGGACGAUUGCGGCGGUCUGGAGGUGGAGGACGUGCAUCGCCUGGGGAGGUUCGUUCCCGCAACUCCCGUUAAAAAUGCCAUUGUGAUGAAUGUAGGUGAUCUCUUGCAGAGAUGGAGUAAUGGUUUGUGUGCCGUCCGGUCUAUUAUGCUGGGCUGUCUACUAAUGGAUGCAGAUCGUUUGAGAUCGACUAGCCAUCGGGUUACAUUACCGCCCUUGGCAGAUCGAUUUGAAGGACAAGAAAGGAUGACAAGGAGACGGUUUUCGAUUCCGUAUUUUCUGUCUCCGGAUUCCGACUCGGUGAUAGAGUGUAUCCCAUCCUGCAGGGGUGAGGAGCCAGGUAAGUAUGAACCGAUCACACAGGCGGAAUAUAAUCGGAUGAGGGCCUCUAUGCAGUACUGA